AUGGUAGGUGACCUAGCAGCCACCAUUCGAAAAGGCUCGAGCCCACAUAAGCCUAUCCCCCGAAUGAAUUACGCUGGACCCGUGGAGCAGUCAUUUGCUCAGGGCCGAAUGUGGUUUCUUGACCAGCUAAUCCGUGGCUCAUCACGCUAUCUCCUACCAUUUGCAAUACGUUUGCGUGGGCAGCUACAGACUGAAGCCCUCACCAGUGCACUCAAUGCUCUAGAGCAGCGGCACCAGGCUCUGAGAACAACAUUUGAGACGCAAGACGGUGUAGGAAUGCAGGUCAUUCAGGACUAUUGCGGAAAAGAGCUGAGAGUGAUUGAUGCAUCAGUUGAGCGAAACUCAAAUUUAAGCCAGCUGCUGCGGAAAGAGCAGACAGCUCCAUUUGAUCUGACAUCUGAGCCGGGAUGGAGAGUGUCGUUGUUGCGGCUACACGACGAAGAAUACAUAUUAUGCAUCGUCAUGCAUCACAUUAUCUCAGACGAUUGGUCCAAUGCAAUUCUACGUCAGGAGCUGAGUAGAUUCUACUCCGCUGCUCUUCGAGGCCAAGACCCUCUGUCGCAAGCGACCCAGCUCCCGAUCCAGUACUGGGAGUUUGCCGUGUGGCAAAAACAAGACGCACAAAAAGCUGAACAUCAGCGGCAGCUCGAAUACUGGACUAAGAAACUCACUGAUAGUACACCUGCCGAGUUACUGAGUGACCAUCAACGGCCGGCCGUACCAUCAGGUUAUGCUGGUGAGGUCCAGUUCGUGAUUGAGGGUUCGGUCUUCGAUGACCUUCGUGAGUUCUGUCGCAACAGACAAAUAUCUAUGUUUACUGUACUGCUCACAGCGUUUCGCGCAACACAUUACCGUUUGACCGGCGUGCAGGAUGCCAAUAUUGGAACACCAGUUGCCAACCGCGACCGACUGGAGCUGGAGGAAAUCAUUGGCUUUUUCGUCAAUACCCAGUGUCUACGUAUCCAGGUCAACGAGGAGGACACCUUUGAAGGACUGCUACUGCAGGUACGCUCGACAGUCGCAGAGGCACUCGCCAACCAAGAUGUUCCUUUUGAACGCCUCGUGGCUACACUCUCACCUGGGUCAAGGGACAUGUCCAGGAACCCGCUAGUACAGCUCAUGUUUGCGCUCCAUUCUCAACCGGACCUUGACACAAUCCAAUUGGAGGGCCUGAAAGCAGAACGCGUACCAUCUGCAGUUUCCACUAGAUUCGAUGCCGAGUUCCAUCUAUCUCAGGGGGACAAGGGACUGAAAGGCAGCGUGCUCUUCGCAGCUGACCUUUUCGAGCGUGAGACGAUCCGGAAUAUGGUUGCUGUCUUUCAGGAGACUCUACGCCGAGGCAUUGAGGAGCCGCACAUCCCAGUAUCAUCUCUGGCCUUGACCGACGGGGUUGCAGAUCUCCGUAGCCUAGGUCUAUUUGAGAUCGAAAAGACUGAAUACCCGAAGGAAUCAAGUGUGGUCGACAUUUUCGGCGAACAGGUUGUCGCCUGCCCAGACGCGAUUGCUGUUGUAGAUUCAACAUCGCAGUUGACAUAUUCUCAACUUGAUAAGAAGUCGAACAAGCUCGCUGCUUGGCUACGACGGCGACGUCUUCCAGCCGAGACCCCAAUAGGCGUGUUCGCAACUCGAUCAUGCCAAGGCAUCGUUGCAUUCUUGGGCAUCCUCAAAGCUAAUUUGACCUACCUACCACUCGAUAUCAAGACUCCAAUCGCCCGCAUUGAAACCAUCCUCUCGGCUGCUAUUACAGGAAACAAGUUGGUCCUUCUGAGUUCUGGAGUGAUCAUUCCAAAUCUUCAAUUACCGGAUGUUGAAAUGGUAUGGAUCAGUGACACGCUAGGCCAUUGUGAUGCGGAUGAACUUGCGAGAGACACCGAAAAGCCCUCGUCGAUGAGCCUUGCAUAUAUAAUGUUCACUUCAGGUUCCACGGGCACGCCGAAGGGUGUUAUGGUUGAACACCGCAGCAUUAUCCGGCUUGUGAAAGGAAGUACCGUGGCGUCUGAUCUCCCACAGGCGCCUCGCGUGGCACACUUGAAUAAUAUCGCUUUCGAUGUCUCGGUAUGGGAAAUACUAGUGGCACUCCUUAAUAAGGGUACUUUGAUUUGUAUUGAUUAUUUGACUGUCUUGGACGGCGAAGCUCUCGCAAACGUCUUUGCCCGACAACAAGUCCGAGUCGCCUUCUUCCCGACCGCCUUGCUCAAGCAAUAUCUGGCUGAUAAGCCCUCUGCUCUUGCCCAUUUGGAGUUACUGCACGUCGGUGGAGAGCGAUUGGAUGGCCGAGAUGCAAUUGAGGUGAGAUCACUCAUCCCAUCUGUUUACAAUGCGUAUGGUCCCACCGAGUCCCAUGUUUGCACAAUGUAUAAGCUCCGCAAUAAUGAGGACUACACCAAUGGUGUCCCCAUCGGUAGAGCUGUUAGCAACACUGGAGUGUAUAUCAUGGAUUCGCAACAGAGACUGGUUUCCAAGGGUGUAAUGGGAGAGCUCAUCAUAACAGGCGAUGCGCUCGCUCGUGGGUACAAAGAUUCAGCGCUCGACUUGAACCGCUUUGUUGAAGUUCAGCUUGAGAGCGACUCCCCACCAGUGAGGGCGUAUAGGACCGGCGAUCUGGUUCGCUAUCGACCAAAGGAUUUCAUAAUUGAAGCCUUUGGCCGCAUGGACCAGCAAAUUAAAAUUCGAGGCCACCGUAUUGAGCUUGCUGAGGUGGAACAUGCUCUGCUCAACCGCGCUGCUGUUCGGGACGCGACUGUCGUCAUCCGAAAGGACGAGAAUCAAACGUUGGAAAUUGUUGCGUUCGUCUUGAUUCGAGUCGAUUUCGCAAACAAGGGGUUGUCAAACGGAGAUACAAUCAAGCAGAGUCCAUUCGGCAAGGACGUCGCCAAGCAGCCAGGAAAUCACAAUGGUAAAAUUGAAAAAGACAUUCGCAAUCAACUAAAGGCUCAUCUCCCAUCCUAUAUGAUCCCGACAAUGAUCAUAAUUCUAGACCAGAUGCCUCUCAACCCCAAUGGCAAGGUCGACCGGACAAGACUAACGCAAAUGGCCGAGAGCGUACCGAAGAAUACGGCCGUCACGCGUGCAGCGAAACCCGAAGUGAUCAAGGGUGCGCCGAAAACCCAAAUCGUCGUCGAACAUGUAGCCGUACUUAGUGAUUUGGAAGCAGCGCUAUGCGAGGAGUUUGGUAAUGUGCUCGGCGUCGAGGUCAAUACUACCGAUAAUUUCUUCGAUCUGGGCGGCCACUCACUUCUGACGAUCAAACUGGCCACACGAAUCAGUCGCCGACUGAAUUUGCGAGUGUCGAUCAAGGAUAUCUUUGAUGAGCCAGUACCGAUCGAACUUGCGAACAAGAUUGAGCGUAUGCAACUGCAAAGUCACCGCUUGCAAAAUGGCGAGGUUAGUUGCUUAGUGUCAGCCCGGGUUCCCAUUUGA